AUGCACUCCAAGAUCGUUGCCCUGUUCAGCCUGUGUGCCGCUGCCUCCAUCCUGCAGGCGGCUGACGCUGGCGCUUCUCCUGUGGGCGUCUCGCCGCGCCGCCACCUCGGCUCCAGGGAGGACUACGGACACCACCCGCGCCACCACGACCAUGACCAUGACCAUGACCACGACCACGACCACGGGAAGAAUCACCGCCACCACGAUGACAAGCACCCGUCGCACUACUAUUACCGUCGCCGUCUCGAAGACGCCAAGGCCACCGAGUCCAAGGACUACAAGGACGACCAUGGCAAGGACGACUACGACUACGGCAAGGACCGCAAGGAUCGCAAGGACGGCUACGAGCACAAGCGGUACGGCGGUCACGACGACUAUGACGAUGACUACAAGGGAUACGGCUACAAGAGCUACGGCGGAGACUGCGAUGACUACGGAAAGGGUCGCCACGACAAGGACGACUACAGCUACGGCAAGGCCUACUACGGCAAAGACUACUACGGCAAGGACGACUACAGCUACGGCAAGGACGUCUAUGGAUACGACGGAUACAAGUACGGCUCCAGCUACUACCCGGACUACUACUCGUCGUACGGAUACAGCUACUACCCGGACUACUACUCGUCCUACGGCGGCGGCGGUGACUUUGGCUACGGCUAUGGUUACAACUACCCCGGCAACUUCGGCUAUGCUAGCUACGGCUAUGGCUACCCUGGUUACCCUGGUUACCCUGGCUACCCUGGCUACGGCUACGGCUAUGAGUCCGCGACGACGGACGGUGCUGAGGCUGGCCAGAAGGAGUCCGCCACGGCGCCUGCUACCGCUACGGACGUUGCGUCCAACAAGUCGGCGGAGAAGGAGGACAAGACGCCGCCCAAGGAGAAGGAGACCACCAAGUCCGGCGCCACGGACAAGGCCAAGGGCAAGUAA